AUGGCCGAUCUGUUCGUCAAGCGCGUGGCCGAGGGCAUCCAGAGGUCGCCUUCCCUCCUCAGCUUCCUGCGCCCCCUCGCCAACUGGUACUCCAACACGUCUGGCUACCGCCAGGGGGGCCUGAGGUACGAUGAUCUUUUCGAGGAGGAGCGCGAGGAGGUCGGCAAGGCUCUGAAGCGCCUGUCGCCCAAAGAGAGCUACGACCGCAUCUACCGCAUCCGCCGCGCUGUUCAGUGCAGCUACCAGCACAAGCUCCUGCCCAAGUCCGAAUGGACCAAGCCCGAGGAGGAUGUCCCUUACCUCCGCCCCCUGAUCGAGCAGGUGCAGGUUGAGAUGGCUGAGCAGAAGGCUCUGGACUCGCUCGAGGUCGUCAAGAAGCACUAA